AUACAAGGGCAAAGAAGAAGAGAUAAAACAUGUUGUAUCAAGUAUGAUAAAAGACGUUUCAUUUUACGCAUAAAAUUCUUAAUGUCAAUGUGACUUAGUUACGUCAUAAAUUAGCUUUUGGCUUACAACAAUGGAUCAUUUAAAGAAUUUUUACCUCAAAUAAUAAUUUAAUAAAAUGUUUUGUUGAUACAUUACUAAUGAAACCAUAAAAUAAGUGAAAAAUUGUUAAACAUCAUAUAACGAUGGCUGUGGAAAUUCUAGACGAAGACCACCUUGCUGUUAGUGCAAUUGUUACAGUUGGAAUGCAGUUGAUAUUUUUCACUAUCGCUGCUACUUUUCAAAUGGAUAAGCUAACGGAUUUUGCUGGUGGAAUGAAUUUCGUUAUCAUUGCUCUACUCACGUUUUUCCUUGGCCAGGAAGGCAAGGUCUAUGAUAGUCGUCAGUUAAUGGUAACUAUUUUUGUCUGUAUUUGGGGAGUCCGUUUAUCUGGAUACUUAUUGUAUCGUAUUCUAAAAAUUGGUCGUGAUAAAAGGUUUGAUGAUAGAAGGAGUAAUGUCAUCAGAUUUGCUGUUUUCUGGACCUUUCAAGCUGUAUGGGUUUAUGUUGUAAGUCUGCCAGUGAUUAUCAUAAAUUCACCAAGACACAGAAUCCCUCUGGCUCCCAAGACCAUGACGACAUUAGAUAGUACUGGUACUGGAUUAUUUAUUGUUGGUCUGCUAGCAGAGACUUAUGCUGACCUUCAGAAAUUUUCCUUCAGACAAGAUCCAGUAAAUAAUGGAAAAUGGUGCAAUGAUGGAUUAUGGAGGUUAUCUAGACAUCCCAAUUACUUUGGAGAAAUAGUUGUUUGGUGGGGAAUAUUCACUGUGUCAUUAAAUGUUAUUGAAGGAUUUGAAUGGAUGGUCAUUGCUUCUCCUAUUUUUACAACUGUUAUAAUAUUGUUCCUAUCUGGUAUGCCUUUAUUGGAGAAAGCAUCUGACGAACGAUAUCGAGAUAAUGCUGAAUAUCGUCAGUAUAAGCAGUCAACAUCGCCAUUGAUUCCCAUACCACCGACGAUUUACGUUGAAGUACCGAGGUUCCUUAAGUUCAUAUUGUGUUGUGAAUUUCCUUUGUAUGAUUCACUAGAUGUCAAGCCAAGAUCAGCUGUCACUGAAUCAACAUCAAUUAGCCUCGCAGCGUCUACGUAGCUAUAAAUUUACGUCGGGAUUCUCGCGCUGAAUCCCGGCGUAUAUUUUUUGCAACAUUGGUUGUGAUUUAAUUUUAUUUUUUAAAUAUUUUAUUUAUUUAAAAGUCUGCUUGCUUGCUAUUUAUAUUUAUUUUACAAUUAUUUUUUUAUCUUCUUACUCAAUUUAUUU